AUGUCGUCAACCGACAUUGACAUUAAGGAGGCCCAUAGCACCUCGAACGACCAUGACACCCAAAAGGCUGAGCUCCACGAGCAACAUGAAGUCUUCAAACGCGGCGAAGGCCAGGUCGACUUCCGCACCGUCAGCUGGAUUCGUGCCGGUGUCAUUUUUGUCAAAAUCAUUUUUGCUACUGGUGUCCUCUCCAUCCCGUCACUAAUGUAUGAGCUGGGUGCUUUCCCUGGUGCCGUCAAUGUGAUCGGCUGGACUCUUCUCAAUACCUAUUGUGCCAUUGUCCAGGGCAAUUUCCGUAAUGCCUACCCCGGGUGCCAUUCAAUUGCCGAUAUGGCUCAGGUCGUUGGCGGGCCUAUUCUAAAGGAGGUGGUCGGGGUCUUGUUCACCAUCAGCUAUGUGAUCGUCGCUGCAUCUGGCAUCAUCGGCGUAUCAACGGCACUCAACGCAUUGUCUCAUCACGCAAUCUGCACAGUCUGGUUCACCUUCAUUGCGACUAUUGUCAUCGCCGGCUGUGCGAGUGUCCGCAAGUUUUCCCAUAUCGGCUGGCUAACCUGGCUCGGGUUUGCCAGCGUAUAUAUCGCUGUAUUUAUAAUUGUAAUUGCCGUGACCACUAGGGACCGUCCCGCCGCCGCCCCUCAGACAGGAGACUUUGACCUUGGGUACAGAGUCAUCGGAAAUCCUGACUUCGCGACCGGCAUCACCGCCGCGGCUACCAUCUUCGUCUCCAGCGCUGCUACGUCCGCUUUCCUGCCCGUCAUCUCCGAGAUGCGCAGGCCCAAGGACUACCCCAAGGCUGUGUAUCUGAGCAUGAGCGUGGUGACGGCCUCCUAUCUGACCUUCAGCCUAGUGAUCUACGCUUGGUGCGGUAAAUGGAUUGCGUCCCCAUCUCUUGGCAGUGCCGGUACCACCGUGAAGAAGGUUGCCUAUGGCAUUGCCCUGCCGGGCUUGAUCGUCAGCGGUUGUCUCUACGUGCACGUCGCGGCCAAGUAUCUAUUCGUUCGAAUUCUGCGUAACUCGCGGCAUCUUCAAGCCAACACGGCUGUCCACUGGGGCACCUGGCUCGGCUGCGUCUUCGCGAUGGCUUCGAUUUCUUUCGUGUUGGCGUGCGCGAUUCCGAUCUUCAAUUAUGUCCUCGCGCUCGUGGGUGCCUUGUGCUUUGCUCCAUUGGCAAUCACACUCCCUGGCUGGUUGUGGCUGUAUAGUCACGCCAAUUAUUGGAAAGGGAGCAUCGUGCGGAAGACUGUGUAUGUUUUCCACGUGUUUUUACUAUUCCUUGGAAUAUUCUUGGCGGUUGGUGGUACCUACGGGGUUAUUGUUCAGAUUAACGCGGCGUAUCGAGAUGGGCAGAUAUCUUCUGCGUUUUCUUGUGCUGAUAAUAGCGGGUCGUCAUAA